GUAGUCUUUCUUUCUUUUUUUCUUUUAAAUUUAAUAUUCUCUCUCUAAAAACCCUCAACUUCUUCCUCCUGUUUUUCGCUUUCUCUUUCUACUAUUUCUCUGAUUAUUGACAGCUUCUCUGCUUCUGUAGCUCAAGCUUUCUAUGUGACUUAACUUCCUUUUUCUGCAUUCCAUUCCAUAAAAACAACAUAAUUUUAAUUUCCCAAUUUGGAUAUUGUUUUCUGAGUGCAUUUAUUAAAUGUGUAAAUACACAAAUCUGGGUUUUUGCUAGGUGAACUCUAUCGAAUUUUUCAACACUUUCUUCCCAAUUAUGUUCACUCAAGGCCUUGAUAAAAAUGCCCUUCAAUGGGUUAGAGAGGGUUCUGUGAACAGUGAAAAGGAAGAACCAGUAUCAAUGUCUAGAACUAGGAUUGACCCAAUACUAAGCAAAUGCGGCAGCAGAGGUUUCGGGCUGCCGCCACCCGGGAAGUUUCGAAGUGGGCAUUUGCCAUCAACUGCAUUUCCAAUGUCUAGAGUCAUCCCUGGAGAUGACUCAGCUUCUGUUUCUGGUAAUGACAUUACAUCAGAGUCUGAGGAUGAUGAUGUUUAUGGUGGGAGGUAUUCUCUGGAUUCAUCUCCACCAGAUGACCGUGCUCCUCCAAUGAUGGGUAGUAACUAUAGAUACGGCAACACGAGAUCAUUGCCUCCGAAUAGGGUGAGUUAUGGAAGUGAUUAUAUGUCUUCUGAUGUGUAUUCAUCUGUGGAAUUGAGUGGGAAGAAGGUUGAGGGAAUAGUUAACGGGAAUGGGAGGUAUCCGGUUGCCCGGAAUAGAUAUGCUGAGGAUGACUCUGAAGACUCUGCUGGUAGCUCUGAGUUUUCAUCUUCUCAAAUUGGUAGUAACAUACGUACGGCUUCUCGUUCACAACCUUGUGCUUCAGAAAGCUAUGCAUCCAGCAUUACAUCGAGGGCGAAUGUCGUGAAGGAUGAUGGUGAUACUCCAAGUGCUCCUCCAGUUUGCAUCAGAAGUCAGGAGACAAACCAAGCUCUGCCUGUAUCUGAUCCCAAAAUAUCUGUUGAUAUGCACAGUGCUUCCAACAAAAAUGAGCCAAAUAUUCCUGAAGUUACUCAAUCUGUGGCCAAUCAAGUGGAUAACACUGACAGUGUGAUUCCUGGUCCACAUGCAAGAACCACUGGCGUUGCAGAAUCUGCUGGUUCAUCGGGCUCACAUGCAGCUCGUCUUCCUACUUUCCAUGCAAGUACUCAAGGACCAUGGCAUUCAGUGGUUGCAUAUGAUGCCUGUGUUCGUCUUUGUCUAAAUGCAUGGGCAAGGGGCUGCAUGGAAGCUCCUAUUUUUCUUGAAAAUGAGUGCGCUCUUUUGCGAAGUGCAUUUGGUUUGCAGCAAAUAUUGUUGCAGUCAGAAGAAGAAAUACUGGCUAAGCGUGGCUCAGAGCUUGCAGUAGAAGGAGGUCCACAGAAACCAAAGAAAAUGAUUGGGACGAUGAAGGUCCAAGCUCGUAAAGUGAGAAUGGGGCUGGAUCCACCUACUGGUUGCAGUUUUGGGUCCGUAAAGGCUCCAGUUAUAAACAUGGAUUCUGCGCGGUCGCAAUUAUCCAAGGUCCAAAGAUCAGUUGUAUCUGGAUGGCAUGCACUGCGAAGAGUGCAUUUUGUACUUCAUAAGCCUGCAGAUGGUUCUUUGUCAAAGAAGAGUUUGGCUUAUGUUCAAGCCAGUUCUCAGUAUAUCAAGCAAGUUUCUGGCCUUUUGAAAGUGGGUGUUGUGACCACUUUGCGUCACAGUGCAUCAUCAUAUGAUCCUGUACAAGAGUCUCAUUCCUGUUUGUUAAGAUUAAAAAGUUUGCCUGAAGAUGAAGUUGUUAAGAUGCAACCGGGUUCUGGCGAAACUCAUGUAUUCUUUCCAGAUGGUCUAGGAGAUGAUUUGAUUGUUGAAGUUCAAGAUUCGAAAGGAAAAACCUGUGGUCGUGUUGUGGCCCAAGUGGCAACUGUUGCUGGUGAUCAGAAUGACAAGCUACGCUGGUGGUCAAUAUUUCGCGAGCCAGAGCAUGAGCUUGUUGGAAAAGUACAACUUUACAUCAACUUCUCAACAAGUGUCGAUGAGAAUUAUAAUCAUAAGUGUGGAUCCGUGGCAGAGACUGUAGCUUAUGACUUGGUUUUAGAAGUUGCUAUGAAAGUUCAACAUUUUCAGCAAAGACAUUUACUGCUGCAUGGUGAAUGGAAAUGGUUAUUGGAAGAAUUUGCAAUCUAUUAUGGGGUUUCCGACUCAUACACGAAACUAAGAUACCUUUCUUAUGUCAUGGAUGUUGCCACUCCUACAGCCGAUUGUCUGACUCUUGUGCAUGAUUUGCUUUAUCCUGUGGUUAUGAAGGGCCGCACAAAAAGCACACUAAGUCAUCAAGAGAAUCGCAUCUUAGGAGAAGUAGAAGACCAAAUUGAGCAGAUACUUGCUCUGGCAUUUGAGAAUUAUAAAGCCUUAGAUGAAUCACUGGCUUCUGGAAUCCUCGACGUCUUUCAGCCUGCAAAGGGGUGCGCUGCGCCUGCUUUGCAACCUGCAGUUAAACUCUACACGCUACUUCACGAUAUCCUGUCUCCUGAGGCGCAAACCAAACUAUGCAAACACUUCCAGGUUGCUGCGAAGAAGAGAUCUAAGAGGCAUUUAGCUGACACAGAUGAGUAUGUUAAUAACACCGGUGAAGGAAACUUGCUGGAUCAUGUCACUAUGUCCACAGCCUACCAGAAAAUGAGAACCCUUUGCUUGAACAUCAGUAAUGAAGUUUCCACAGAUAUUGAAAUCUACAAUCAGAAUAUACUUCCCAGCUUUGUUGAUCUCCCAAAUCUAUCUUCGUCAAUAUAUAGUGUAGAACUCUGCAACAGGAUACGCGAGUUCCUGAUUGCAUGCCCUCCAUCUGGUCCUUCACAGCAUGUGGCUGAACUUGUAACAGCGACUGCUGAUUUCCAAAGAGAUCUUGUCAGCUGGAACAUCAAUCCCAUAAAAGGUGGAGUUGAUGCAAAAGAAUUAUUCCACUUGUAUAUUGUUGUUUGGAUUCAAGAUAGGCGCCUGGCUUUGCUGGAGACCUGCAAACUUGACAAGGUCAAAUGGUCUGGGGUGCGUACGCAACAUUCUACUACCCCUUUUGUCGAUGAAAUGUAUGAUAGGCUGAAAGAAACAUUAAAUGAUUAUGAGGUCAUCAUUAGCCGCUGGCCAGAAUAUAGCUUUGCCUUGGAAAAUGCUUUCGCUGAUGUAGAGAAGGCCAUAGUGGAAGCUCUAGACCGACAAUAUUCUGAUGUCUUGGCUCCUUUAAAGGAAAAUUUGGCUCCAAAGAAGUUCGGUUUCAAGUAUGUACAGAAACUUACCAAGAGAACCGUGUGCCCCUAUGCUGUUCCAGACGAGGUUGGGAUCCUUCUAAAUUCAUUGAAAAGGAUGCUCGACAUUCUUCGGCCCAAAAUAGAAACUCAAUUCAAGUCAUGGGGAUCCUGCAUACCUAAUGCUGGGAACCAGGUUCCAGGAGAGCGUUUAAGCGAGGUUACCGUCAUGUUAAGAGCCAAGUUCAGAAACUAUUUACAAGCCAUUGUUGAGAAGCUUGUUGAAAAUACGAGGCUACAAAAUGCUACAAAAAUGAAGAAAAUUCUUCAAGAUUCCAAGGAAAGCGUUGGAGAAUCCAAUGUUAGAAAUAGAAUGCAGCCACUUAAAGAACAGCUGACAAGCACGAUGAAUCAUUUGCAUGCCAUCUUUGAGUCUCAUGUCUUCAUUGCUAUUUGCCGGGGCUACUGGGACCGAAUCGGACAGGAUGUGCUCAAAUUCUUGGAAAACCGAAAAGAAAAUAAAGCAUGGUACAAGGGUUCGACAAUUGCUGUUUCCGUGCUCGAUGAUACGUUUGCAUCACAGAUGCAGCAGCUGUUAGGUAAUGCUUUACAAGAGAAGGAUAUUGAGCCACCUCGAUCAAUGAUGGAAGUCCGGUCAAUGCUCUGUAAAGAUGCCCAGAUUCACAAGAACAACACGUUUUAUUACUGAAAAAUGAUAAUUGUAAAUACGUUGUGAUUGUAGUGACAAUUUUGUGAAUGAGCAGGUAAAUGUAGUACAUAAUGAAAUUAGCACAUUCUUAAGAAAACAACAUCAUUCAUAUAACAUUCUUUUUGUUCAUAAAAUCUACUUUCUA